AUGUUAACUGCUGAAGAACGUCGUCAACGCAUUCUAGCUAAUUCAGAAUCGCGUCUUGCUAAACUUCGACAAAUAAAUCGAAAUGAGAACUUAUCUGAUAGUUCACCAAUAGUAUCAGUAUCUUCACAAGCUCCAGAUGAACUUUUAAGAAAACCAAACGAAGAAAUCAAUUCUCCAAUUAUUUCUAUGGUUAAUAAUAAUCAAUCACAACAAACAUCAUCGGCAUCAUCAUCAUCAUCAUUGGUUUCAACAAUUACUUCGGUAACGAAUAUGUUGAAUUCUUUCACAUCAUCGUCAUCAUCAACAACAACAACACUUGAAAAUACCAAAGAAAUGAUUAUAGUUGAUAAACAACAUUUUGUUGUGUUUAUUCUUGGAAUUAUUGUUCGACUUCUUUAUUCAUUUUAUAUAUCAGUUCAAUCAAAUUUCUUCUUUUUGGUAUUUUUUACAUGUUGUGUAUGCAUAUUAACAUCACGUUAUUAUAUGAUGGAAAUGAAACAUCGUACAAAUAUAUUAAUUACAACAGCUACGUUAUCAGGAUUUAAACCAGAUUUUAUGAAAAAAAUAAGUCUUGUUUAUACUCUUGCAUAUGAUGCUUGGAUUAUAUUUGCAUUAUAUUUAGUUUCUUUUUGUGUUGGCAUGAGUGCUACAACUGCACUAGCUGCAGAACAUUUUCCAAAUGCAACAUUACAAGCCAAUAUGGCUGCUGGUGUACCCGUUCAAGCAGUAACAGUACCAAACACAGCAUCAGCUGCUGCAUAA